AUUCUCGACGCCCCCAGCUUCUGUCUUAUACCGACUCUGUCGAGCCCUCGAGCCCCGUCGCGUCCUCUUCCGCCUUGUAUCCUCGUUAUUCCGAUAUUCCUUCUACAAAUCGUACGGCUUCUUUCGACGACAUGAACAACUCUAGGGAAUACGUUCCAAAUGUUGUGGAGGGUAAAGACAUUGAAGAGCGCGUAGAGACGAGACGGCAGCCUAUCGAUCUCGAUGCAGAGUUCGGUGGACCGGAGGCGAGGAAGAAACUCGAACGCAAAUUGUUGAUGAAGCUCGAUUUGCGCAUGUCCAUCCUCAUCAUCAUCUACAUUCUUAACUACAUUGAUCGCAAUAAUGCUUCUGCUGCACGUUUACGAGGCUUCGAGACUGAUCUCGGUCUCCAAGGACAACAAUACAAUACCAUUCUCAGUAUUCUUUAUGUCGGCUACAUUCUCAUGCAAAUACCCUCAAACAUGUUCUUGAAUCGCAUUGGGAAACCAUCAUUAUAUCUUCCCCUCUGUAUGACUAUCUGGGGCAUGAUUUCCAUUCUUACGGGCGUUACGACCAAUUUCGUCGGUGCUUUAAUGACACGAUUUUUCUUGGGUUUCGUGGAGGCCGCGUUCUUCCCGGGCUCGCUCUUCCUUCUAUCCAAGUGGUACAAGAGGAAGGAACUUGGCAUGCGCACUUGCAUGCUUUCGUGCGGUAGCUUGAUCAGUAACGCUUUUGGCACACUCAUCGCUACCGGUAUUCUCGAUGGCAUGGAGAACAAGCUUAAUAAGGCUGCGUGGCGCUGGCUGUUCUUCAUCGAGGGAGCCCUGACUAUCUUCUUCGCCAUCCUUGCUAUUUUCAUCCUCCCCGACUUUCCUACGACUUCUCAGAACUUCCUUUCCCCAGAAGAGUCUCGACUCGCUGUUCUCCGGAUGCAGAGCGAUUCUGGCUUGGGCGGCGUUGGCGACGAAGACGAAGCCCAAGGGGAGAAACACGCAAGUGGCCUGAAGCAGGCUUUGACCGACUGGAAGGUGUACUUCAUGGCGGUUUCCCUCACAAGCAUGGUCCUCGGCCUAUCAUUCAACGCGUUCUUCCCGACCUUGAGCGAGACCAUGGGCUUCGACACAACCGUCUCGCUACUGCUCUGUGCUCCUCCGUGGGUCUUUGCAACCCUUGUUGCCUUCGCAGUAAGCAGACAUUCGGACAAGACCGGUGAACGAACAUUCCACAUCGUGGGGCCACUCUGCGUAGGAAUCAUCGGCUUCAUCAUCGCCGUCUCUACUAUGAACACGGCCGCAAGAUAUGUUUCUCUGUUCUUAAUGGCACAGUCUUACGCCGGCUUCAUCGUGUUUUUGGCGUGGAUUAGUAACACCUUCGCUCGUCCACCAAUGAAACGCGCCGUCGCUCUCGCUGGCAUCAACGCGUUCUGUCAACUCGGCAACAUUGCUGGAUCAUAUAUCUGGCCAACCGCAUGGGGACUCACCUACACCAAGUCCUACGCGAUUUGCAUCUCCUCGUUCGGACUGACGAUCAUUAUGUGCAUAAUUUUCCGCCAAGCACUCGCAAGGAAAAACAGAGAGUUCGAGGAGCGCGAGCUUGCUGCUGGACGGGAGAAAGGUUUCAGAUAUCUUCUUUGAACGGAACUUUUCAGGAAGCGGAGGUUGCAGGGUAUGGCAGGCCGUGGUAACGUGGUGUCUCCGUUCAUCGCUCGCGUUCGUUGACCGGAGGGUGAACGUCGCAGUUGCUGUGGGAUUAGGUCUGUCCAUUGUAUGAUAGGGAUGAUUAUGAUCAUUUAAAGCGCUUAAG